UCUGGCUGGCUGUCCUUCACGAAAAAUGACAAUUCCAUCUCAAAAUUCUGCAGCAGCAGCCAAAACUGCCAAACUAGAAAAACCGGCCACGACAUCAAAUGAAUUCUUCGAUUGCGAAGCUAUUAGAAAAUCGUAUUAGCCCAACCAAUUUAGUGUUGUCAGAGGAAAUCUCCGACGUUUUUGCGGCUUAGUCCUUGAGAUCUCGUGUUCAAGAGAUAAUCGAAUUGUGAUGCUGAUGGAGUUACCAAUGGAUCAAUAGUCGACAUGGAAUUGAGGAACUCCCUCAACUAGAAUAUACCAGCACCGGGGAAGCAAGUUCGUGGUCGUGCUGCUUACAUUAACACAGGUUCAACAAGGAUUUAUGGGCAUGAUUAGCAGGAAACUGUAAGAUCUCGGUGGGUGUUUGGAUUUCUAGAGUUUGCGCAGACGACAGCACCUGCUGGAUUGUUGACACUAACAUCGUCAAUCCGUGCUGUACUUGCAAAAUGAACUAAAACCUGUUCUACUCCCGCCAGUACUGUCUCAAGUGCCAAUAGUUCAAGGAGAUUGAGAGAAAGGAUCGAUCAGCGCGCAGACGACAGUGCCAGCAACUGCUGGAUCGAAGCAGACGACUCAACCAUCAACACCCGCUGGAUUGAAUUGGUUUUAAUGGACUGCCGUCCUGCGGAAGCUGUACUUCUAUUUACAGAUUCCUUAUUAACGGACCAAGAAUCGAUGGCAGAAUGUUGCCGGCGAUUUCAAAACAUCUCUGAGCAAACACUUCGUGGAUACCUGACAAUCUGAUCAUGCUGCGCUCCCGGCUAUUGUUUAUACAAAUGUUACCAUCCAUUUGAUCGGGAAUAAAUUGAUGGUAGGAAUGUUACCGAUGAUUUCGAGAAAAGACUAAAGCAACAUAGCGGGCAUAUUUCCCUCGAUGGAGUAAGAUACUGGUGUAUCAUUUCAGACACCAGGUAAAUCGGAUACUGGUCAGUACUCGACACAGAAAUAGAAAGAAGUUGGUUUUCCAUGAUUCAUAGAGGAUGGUACCGCUGCUGGAUAGACUUUGGCGACUGGUCAGGAGUGUCGCGCUACUGCAAAUCACUUAUGUCAUAGUUUCAGAUUCUGUGCUGACCGACCAGAUGAAUCCCGAGAAGCGGUUGUUCUGGGACCUGAUGGAGACAUAUGACCGCAACUCGCGACCUGUCCUCAACGCCAACACCAGUGUCAAGGUCAACUUCGCCGUGGCCUUGAACCAAAUCAUGGACCUGGAUGAGAAGAAUCAGAUACUCACAACAAGUCUAUGGGUGUAUCAGGAUUGGAAGGAUUAUAAUCUAAACUGGGAUCCACGAGAUUAUGAAGGCAUCAACAAGACUGUAAUACCUGCCACGGAUCUGUGGCUGCCUGACGUCUAUAUCUUCAAUAACGCUGACGAGGGAAUGACUGGUUUCGUCAACGUCAACGGAAGUAAAGCACUGGUCAGCUCAAACGGCAAGAUAAGAUGGACGGUACCGAUGAUCAUCAAGAGCGCAUGCGUGGUUCGCGUUCUCUACUUCCCCUUUGACUACCAACUCUGCCAAAUAAAGUUCGGCUCAUGGAUUUAUGACGGCUACCAGUUAGAUCUUACGAAAAGGACAAAACAGGUUGACUUAAAAAAGUACGUUGAGAACAGCGAGUUUGACCUUUUGAUAGUCCAGGUCAAUCGCGUGACCUUGAACUUUGAUUGCUGCCCGGAACCGUAUCACCAGCUUCACUUGAAAAUCAAGAUCCGGCGGAAGGCGCUGUAUUACACGUAUACUGUGAUUGCUCCCAGCAUCCUGCUGUGUAUCCUGACCAUGUCCAGCUUCCUACUCCCCUGUGAUUGUGGGGAAAAGAUCGCCAUUGGGAUGACAGUCUUCCUGGCCAUUUAUUUCCUUCAGAUGCUCAUUGCUGACAACAUCCCAGAAUCCAAUGCGACACCACUCGUAGGUAUCUUCCUGACCAUGGUAAUGACCAUGAACUCUGUGUCUCUCAUCAUGGCCACAUGUAUCAUGAACCUUAAGAAACGAGGCGAGAGAAAACGACCUCCACAGGUCCCGCGAAAGGUUCUUGACAUUUGCAAAAAGGUCCUCGGGAAGAUCACGUGCACCAAAUUCCAGCGUCCUGAUAGGUGCUUGCCGACAGUCAUGAUUACAAGACCGGAAGAGGAGGAUGAUGAUAGGACGAGUGUGAAUAGUACUUUACCAGACGACCAAUAUGAGAGACUGUCCGCGACCUUGGAUGACAGGCUCUCAACAAUGAACACAGAAGCAGGCAGCCGGUUAUCCCGUGUUGGUCUCCUUGGUGAUCAAGAGGAUCCCGAGGAUUCCGAGGCGAGAUUCCGCGAGAAUUUAAAAAAAAAGGCGCUGGAGAUCCGGCGCCAAAUAAAAUAUGAAUGGUCUUAUGUGGCAGAGGUCAUAGAUAGCUUCCUUUUUAUUGUUUAUAUGUUUGUUUCCGUGGUAACCAUAGUGGUUGUUUUGAUCGUGAUGCCUCAUAUUCAUGAGAGGGCGAAUAUGGAGUCGGAGGAUCAGAUACCAGGAGCUCAUGUCACCGAGGAUUGAUAAAAACAGUCUCUACAACAAAAGCUGUAUCAGCCAUCAUCAAUAACACCGCGCCUCCUCCCCUCAAAACAAAUGUAACUAGGUUUGUUGCUACAAAAAGAUUCUUGCAGAGGCAGCGAGGUGUAUCGAAGCUUACAAAGCU